GGUGAUGCGUUUUGCUAUGUAAGAGAGACGAAUCUCACGCCGGAAUCCUUUUUAGUGCACCGUCGUUUGUUGUUGUUCUUCUUCUUCCUCGAUCUCCGUCGCGUCACGUUUCGAUUAAUUCCUUCACAAGGGUAGCACAAUUUUGUCGAUUUUCCGGGAUGUCUUCUGCUCAAGAUCCAUUCUACAUUGUUAAAGAAGAGAUCCAGGAUUCUAUUGAUAAGUUGCAAUCAACAUUCCACAAAUGGGAGCGUAUCUCUCCCGACAUGGGGGAUCAAGCGCAUGUGGCGAAGGAGCUUGUUGCUACUUGUGGAAGCAUUGAGUGGCAGGUAGAUGAGCUGGAAAAGGCGAUUACUGUUGCAGCUAAAGAUCCUUCAUGGUAUGGUAUUGAUGAAGCUGAGCUUGAAAAACGGAGGAGAUGGACUAGUAAUGCUAGGACACAGGUGCGGAAUGUGAAGUCUGGUGUUUUAGCUGGAAAGGUUAGUUCUGGAGCUGGUCAUGCAAGUGAAGUGCGCAGAGAACUGAUGAGAAUGCCAAACUCGGGUGAAGCAAGUAGAUACGAUCAGUAUGGAGGGAGAGACGAUGACGGUUUUGUACAGUCAGAAUCAGAUAGGCAAAUGCUGUUGAUAAAGCAACAAGACGAAGAAUUGGAUGAGCUCAGUAAAAGUGUACAGAGAAUUGGAGGAGUGGGGCUCACUAUACACGACGAACUCGUUGCACAGGAGAGAAUAAUAGAUGAAUUGGAUACGGAGAUGGACAGUACAAAGAACCGGCUGGAGUUUGUUCAGAAAAAAGUGGGAAUGGUAAUGAAGAAAGCUGGAGCAAAAGGUCAAAUGAUGAUGAUAUGUUUCUUGCUCGUCUUGUUCAUCAUCCUAUUCGUUCUUGUCUUCUUGACCUAAAGACGGAGCCACUGGAUCUUAUAGAUGGGAGUUUAAUGUCUUACAUUAUCAUAUGUUUUUGGUGAAACAAAAGGAAUAUUUACAUAAGGUUGUCUGUUUUUUCUUCUCUUAUCCAAUCGCAUAUCUAAUUUUGAACU